AUGUCGCCGGGAGGCCAGCUCCGCAGGGCCGCCUUGCUCUCAGUCGUCCUGCUGCUGCUGUGUGUGGAGAGAGCGACGCCUCAGAACGAGGGCCCAGACCUGGAGGAAAGGCGUGCGGAGGAGGCGUCCUCCACAGACCAGGACCAAGCAGAGUACAGAGAACACUUUUACGCCUUUUCGGAGGGGGAGAUGUGGCAUCAGGUGGGCAUGAUCCAGAAGGUGUCCAAGUCCGCAUCCGUCCACACCUACGUCUUCGACCUGGCCUUCUGCUUCAAUCUGGCCAGCAUCGUGGUUUUUUUAUGA